AUGGAGCGUGGCCUCCUCAAUGCUCGUGGGUUCAUCCGGUCUUCAGGCGGCAGAUCUGUCCACAGUCCCAAGCUUCUUUUCAAGGCCUCUUUCGCCUCUUCGUUGUGCAAGCCAAAGAAACUUUUCGGCACCGCCACCCAAAUCUUCCGGAAGCGAACCAUCUUCAUCCACGUUGACGGCAGACAGGAAGAACUGGUGAGCACUGUCAACCUCUCCCAACUCGACAUGUAUUUGACCCAGAAGGGACAGCGCGGCGCCAGCCUGUCGUCCGUUGUCUCCGAUGUGAUCAUACGCUGUCCUGGCGACUUUGGCGGCGCCCUCCGCAUCGCCGACCUCAAGCAUGCCGACGGCUUGCACGAGAAGCUCUCUGGGGUUGACAAUUGA